GGCUUAGCGUCAAUGUACCUCAUGUGCAGCGCCGGCGCGCUCCUGCAUGGUGGGAACAAUGGCAGCGUUCGUGCAACACCGGCUACGCAGCUUGUCCGACAGCUGGGACCUUCCUCUUCCUCGCGUUAUCACCCUGGCGAAUAGUAUUGCGAGUUCACUAGCGGCCAAUUGCCUUCCGUCUGUUGCCCGAGCUCAUUGUCGCCGUCGUACAAACCGCUAGGCGAGAGCCUGCAGAGCUGGAGGCCGCAGGAAGAUGACCCAUCCUUGUGCAUCUGACCAGGUUGCGCCGUCUUAUUGUCUCGACGUGACGAGUCCCCAAGAGAACCUCGGAACAACUGCCGAACACUGCUAAUGCGAACACUAUACCCUCCUCAGCCUGAGACACCUUUGAGACAAGAUCUUUCGGGCUCAUUACGCUGCGCUUUCCAAACACUGACAACUUCCUCCACCUCACCCAUCAGACACGGGCGAAAUGCUAUCCUGCAGCGGUGCGGGCGUCAUCUCCCAAUCCUAUGCGCUCUUCGCUGUGUAACACAAUGCAAGCUCGACGCAUACGGUAAUGCACUACUUCCUCGGUUUCAUGCAGCUGUUUGCUUCGCAUCCCGCUUUCCCUUCCUUUCCCUGCUUGCUGCCGUGCUCACCAAGCCAGAUAUCGGCAGUAUCAUACAACAUUUCUGCUGUACGACCUACCAUUUAUCACCAAUCUUCAUAUUACGCGAGCUUCCGGCUGAACUGUCUACAUCUUGUCACAACAUCUUGCAUCUGGCGAAGCACAGAACACUACUCUGCAAAGCAUGCUUCCGCUCGCCUUUUAGUCACCGGAAUCUGCCGUGUCAUGGGUGGCGGCGGUGCUGUUUGUCUUCAUCUCUACGCGAAUUAGACUGGAGGCUGCUCCGUCACUGUUCAGACGUUGAACAAAGCUAGACUGAGGCCCGGCAUCCUGCGCUUCCGAAAGCAGUAGCGCAUUUCUUCUGUGCUACGUUGCAGGUUUCCCAUACCGUCGGCUCAUUGGCUCGGUCCUGGCUCCUAU